AUGCUAUUUACAAUUGACUGCUAAAAUAUUGAAAAAUGUAAAAGGAUUGCACUUACUAACACUGCUCAAUUCCCUAUUUUGAUAAGAAUCUUAGACCAUAACGUCUAUAACUUUAUACCAACUUUUUCAUUACUAAAAAUAGAGGAAUGUAAAUAUUUCCAGAUACUGCAUAAAUAAAAUUACAAGGAUUUUAGAGAUAUUAAAAUUGAAGCAAUAGAGUUUGAUGAACACAAACUUGAUUCUUUCGUAAUUUGAUUAUAUUCUAAUUGUAAGUCUGUUCCACCGUUUUGGAACGAAAAAGUACAAGGUUCCCUUAGGACAUAAUCUAUAUCACUGCCUGUUACUACUAAUGUAAAUAGAUCUAAUUCCUUCACCUCAUAUGAAAGGUUUCCAUCUAUUAAUUAGACUUUUUAAGAUUAGAAAAUACUAUAAAGUAUUAAUGAUAAUUCAAUGAAACUUGACAAUCAAAUUCUUAAAUAGAGUAUUUCUAAUUAUGAAAGUGAUUAAUAAAAUAAUAAACAUAGAUUAAAUUCUUAAUAAUCUUUAUAAAUUAUCAAUUCAAUCAAAAUUGCAGAAGAAAAUAAAAAUCAAUAAAAUUCAAAUCAACAUAUUUUCAGAAAUUCAACAAAUAGUUUUGAAUCAUAUCAUUAAAUUUAAACUAAUACUGUUUAAUAACCUAUACAAAAUGAUAUGAAUUAGUAUUUAGAUCAAAUUGAUUCAUAUAAUAGUCCAUUAUAAUAAUUAACUCCAUCUUAAUUGUAAUCUUAAACACAUUCUCAAAAAUACAUUAGUGAUAAUGCAUAAUAAGAUUUAAGUUUAAGUGAUACUACUUCCAUUUAGAGAUGUGAAUUAAGAAAAUUAUCAUUUUUACAAUAAAGUAGAUAGUAAUUUAAUGAAAAACCUAAAUUAAGAGUAUCAUAAACCUUAAUACUUCAUACAAAAUCAGCAAUUGAAAGUUAGAAAUACCUUGAAAAAUCUAAGGAGAUUGAAUCCUAAAUCUAAAAAUAAAUUGUAAAUUAUUAUUAUUACAAUCUUAGGCAGAAUUGAAAAUUAGUAAAGAAGCUCUUUCUACUGAACUAUAAUAAUUGAAAUUUAAAGCUAUGUUCAAUUCUAAAAACAAGCAAUCAAUUUAUCAAUAUAAUAUAUACAUAUGGCAUUUGCUAUUGACUAGUGUUAUAUUUCUUAUUAUAGGAAGUAUUCUGAAAAAAAUGAUUUCACUAUUUUGA